GGCAGUGGCCAAGCCAUUCAUUUUCAGUACGUCAAGUGGUUCAGUUCAGCUUCCGUGUGUGGGUCAGAAAUUUCGCGAAGAAAGUGUUGCUACCACCGGCAGGCAAAAUGUUUGGACUAAAGGCACGUGACACCGCCAAGUCUGCGGUGCAUCAAACUACGGCAAAGACGGAGCAGCGGAAGCCGCUGCAGGAUCUUGACGUUAAUCGGAGUCGCUAUCAUAAGCUUCCGUCCAAGGAUGGAGCGAUUGGAGAGAAGGGGCUCUUCGCCUCCGGCUUCAAGGUGUACGGAGAUGGAGAAACAUGUUCCCGCAAGACAGCUACGGCUUCAGCAGACACGAAAAAGAUGACCGGCCAGAAAAGCGCACUCCAAACGAGCCACGGAGUGAGUAAGGACAAAUCUUUACCCAUGAGUGCAAUGGCACAGGUUACGUCAGACGAAUCGCUCGUAGAACAGCUUGCUAAGAUCCGUAUUCAAAAAGUGCCAAAGAACAAAGAGAAGUGUAGCGAUGAGGACAUUGCUAAGCAAGAUGCGCCGACGCCACACCCGGAAGACGCUAAAAGCGCACCAUUAUGGGACAUAACUAAAACGCAGGAACCAAAGCCUGCUAAUACGGAAGAGACUAUCGGUACAGGCGCGAUUCGUAAGAGCUCCAUCUACGAGCCUCGUACUGCGCAGGAUAGCGUUGUUCGUGAGCUGAAAUCCUUUCCAUUGAACGCAUUGGCUGCUGAAUGGAAAGCUUCUUCCGCUGCAGUCGAGCCUAACACCAAUACCAUUGCUACAGCUGACAGGCCUGGCUCGGACAAAUCUCCGGAAGGAACGCAACCUAUCCCAACGUUUUGGGACUUAUUUGCGGACGUUUGUCCGGACGUGCCGACGACGGGCAGGAAAAUUGUGGGCCGGCGACAGUAUUCACCAGUCAAGCCAAACCACAGCCGUGCAUCGACAUCAUCAUCAUCGCACUCAUCCACAUCCAUUUUGGGCGAGCUGGAUGAUCGGUCGGGUGAGAUUCUGCGCUACCAGCGAUACAAAGAGGCGCGCCGCCGAAAGGCGAUCGAGGCGAUGCGUGUCGAGCAGGAGCGUCAAAAACGCAUGCUGGACGCACCGGCCAUCCCACAGCCGAAAGGGCUGUACCCAAAUUCACCGAUAGGUGUGAAGGAUCAACGGCAGAUGUCGCCGCCUACUGUUGCGAUUGCCGCUGAAACCUAUUCAGCCAAGAACGGACCCGGUGCGAAUGGAUAUCAACGGAAUGGGAUGUACAAUCAAGUUGCAGCACCGUUGCGAGAAACGAACACCAUAGCAACAGGGCCCAUUGAACGUUCCAGUAUCUGUAUUUACAAGUAUCCAACACCGCCGAACUUUCCCAUACGCUACGAACCGGCCGAGAUUUUGAAAAUGAACUACCAACAAAAACAUACCGGCAAAGGUAUUCUGAAAAAUCAAGUAAAGUCAAGGAAGUGACUUUGAAGAUUUUUUUUCCUUUUUUUUUCUUUUUCUAAU